AUGGAGAAGCUGACAUGUCCUCAGGAACUUUUAACUUUUGAGGGACCAGGAAAUACCAGCAUGGUGGUAACUGAGUUCAUCAUAUUGGGGUUUGGAGACCUCAAAGAAUUGAGUCCCUUGUUUGUCCUGGUGUUUGGCAUUAUCUACCUAGCUACCAUUUCUGGGAAUCUUCUCCUCGUGGUCCUGGUGAGCACUCAGCGGGGACUACAGACUCCAAUGUACUUUUUUUUGGCAACCUUGUCAUGCCUGGAGAUCUGUUAUACAUCUAACAUUGUGCCCAGAAUGCUGGUGGACUUCCUGAGGGAAAACAGAGUGAUCUCGAUGACAGGUUGUAUUAUUCAGCUCUACUUCUUUGGGGCCCUGGGCAGCACUGAAUGUUAUCUUCUGGCAGUGAUGUCAUAUGACCGGUACUUAGCUGUCUGCCAGCCCUUGCACUAUCCAACACUAAUGAACGGAACCAUAUGUGUGAGGCUAAUAAUUGGCUCCUGGGUUAGUGGCUUCACAGUUGCAGCUGUGUUCCAGGCUACUAUGGUAUCCACCUUGACGUUCUGUGAUGGCAAUGAGAUUGACCACUUCUUCUGUGACUUGAAACCUCUGCAAAAGCUCUCCCGCUCAGACCCCCAUCUGGUCAACCUGAUCUGCAUGAGUCUAACAGUUCUGGUGACUCUGGCCCCUUUUGGACUAACACUUGCCUCCUACUGGAGAAUUCUUUCAGUGGUCUUGCAAAUACCUUCUGUGACUGGUAGGCAGAAGGCGUUCUCCACUUGCUCCUCUCAUCUAGUGGUUGUGACCUUGUUUUAUGGGACCUUGAUCUUGGUCUAUGCUGUGCCCUUAAAGAACCAGGUGCCAGCUCUCAACAAAGCCUUCUCUUUGUUAUAUACCGUUGUCACUCCCAUGUGUAAUCCCCUUAUCUAUAGCCUCAAAAACAAAGAUGUCAAGGAGGCUCUGAAGAAGCUAAGCAUUUGCUGUUAUGAUGAGUUCUAUAAAAGCGGCAAAAAUGAUGGCAGUCUGAAAGUCAAGGCAAAGGUCCCAUUCUCAAGGAACUCUUAUUUUGAUUAG